GUGAUGCUAAAUGUUUUCACUUUUGAUUUUUAAGUUAGUAAUUUAUAGAAGAAGUUGCACUUUUAUUUUGCUGUAUAAAAAUCUUUUAGAUCAGAUUUCGAAAAAAUUUUGCUAGUUGCGUUUUGGACAGAAAAUCUGUGUUGUAUUAGAUGGCGUUUCCUCAACCUAAUGCUCAAAGAGAGUUGACCAAUCGAAAAAUAUUAGAGGAGCUUCAAUUAAAGAAGCAAAUGUUAUUAAAACAGGGUGUCGUUGCUCCAUUGACAGCUACUACUAUUCCUCUUACUCAACCAAGCCCUGUUAAUCAAUUGCCUAUGUGCUCUAUUCCACCUGUGUCUGCUACAGCUGGAUUCCCUCAGUUACCUGAAGCAAAUAUUGUAAACACAAGCCAUAGAGCAGCACUACAACACGCGAAUGCUACUUCUUGUGGUUUCUUUGUAUCACAAGACUCUUCAUUUGGUAACCAGAUUUUACCCGUGCUCCCUAGAUUUGAUACCAAGUAAACUGUCUAAUACACAUUGAUGCAUAGAAAUGUCAGCUUUAAUGAAAUUGAAAACAUUAGAGGGAUAUUUACAAGAUUUAUCAGGUUUCACAAAACCCAAGAUACAAUAUGAACAGUAUGAGACUCCAGCACACAUAGCUGCUGUUGCACUUUACACAAUGCAGACACAAUUUGAAGCAUUAGAAAAUCGCUUAGUAUUAGAUGCUGGAUGUGGUCCUGGGGUAUUGGGUAUAGGUGCAGCAUUUUUGGGGGCGGGAUUUGUCACAGCAGUUGAUAUUGAUGAAGAUGCUGUAGAAAUAAUAAAUGAAAAUGUAGAAGAAGCUGAAAUAAGUAAUAUAGAUGUAAUAAAAAGUGAUUUCCUCAAUUGUAACACAUUCAGAUGGGAGAAUUAUUUUGACACAGUUUUAAUGAAUCCUCCUUUUGGCACCAAAAAUAAUACAGGUAUUGAUAUGAAAUUUCUACAAAUGGGACUUAACCUCAGCUGUGAUAGUGUUUACUCGCUACAUAAAUCUUCUACAAGAUUACACAUCCAAAAGAAGAUAAAGGAGUGGGGUGUGAAAGGCAGCGUGAUUGCAGAGCUGCGGUACAAUUUGGCAGCAACAUACAAGUUUCACAAGCAGCAGUCGAAAGACAUUGCUGUGGACUUGUGGAGGCUGACACAUCAUACUUGACAUACAGAUAGUCAAAUACUAACUUAUUAGUUUUAUUUUGAAAUAAUAUACACAAAUGACAGAUAUUUUUACAACAAUUAAUUUAACGAUUUCGAAAGACAGAAAAAGCGAAUGAAAUAAAAAUAUGAAGAGGU